AUGGCUUCAACAACAACAAAUCCAUCAACGUUGCUGCCUUUAGAAUUGGUAGACAAAUGUAUCGGCUCGAGAAUCUGGGUUAUUAUGAAAGGAGAGAAGGAGAUUGUGGGGACUUUGAUGGGAUUCGACGACUAUGUCAAUAUGGUGCUAGAAGACGUGGUCGAAUACGAACAGACACCAGAUGGUAAGCGAGUGACGAAGUUGGAUACAAUUUUGUUGAAUGGAAAUCAUAUAACGAUGCUUGUACCUGGAGGUGAAGGACCAGAAGUUUGA